UUGAGCUCCGCCUUCGCCGACGGCCCGGUGCUCGCCCGCGCCGGCGACCGCCACCGCUACGAAUCGAUCGCGCGCGAGGAAUACGACGAGAUUCGCGCAGAGGUCGAGGCCGGCACCUACGCGUACCGGGUCGAGGAGGGCACCUUCGAUUGCGCGGGCUAUGUGGACUGGCUUGCGGAGAUCGGGGAGCCCGAGGAGAAGCGCGACCCCGAGAGCACGUGGGGGCCGGCCUGA